AUGGUAGGACUCAAAGACUUCAGGCGUUCGCUGAACAAGGAUCGGACAUCAGGCGGCAAACCGGGAAACAAUGGCCUUGGCGGAUCGGCUCAAGGUGGCUUCACGCAGGUCACGUCUGGUCCUCCCACUACCUUUACCAAUGUCAAGAGUGCAGUCUCUCUGCAGCCUCCGAAGAUGGUCAUCAAAGCCAUUCAGGACUACAAGUCUCGUGCCCCACAAGAGCUGUCCUUCACUAGUGGAGACUUCUUUCAUGUCAUCAGCGAGCCAACUGGGCAGAACGCCGAUUGGCUGGAAGCCUGCAACCCCAUCACCAACGCCAGAGGUCUCGUGCCUGCUGCCUGCUUCGAAGUGCUCUCCAGACAAGCUAGACCAGGACAGGGAGGUUCUCCAAUGGCAGCGGGCGGGUCGUCUGGAGGUGCUAGCGUUAUGAGGCUGUACGCAAUGGUCAGAUACGACUUUACUGCCGAGCGAGACGAUGAGCUAGGCGCUGCUGCAGGAGAGCCCAUCAUCGUCAUUGCUCAAUCGAACUUCGAGUGGUUCGUUGCAAAGCCGAUCGGUAGGCUGGGUGGGCCAGGGCUAAUCCCUGUCGCCUUUGUGGAGAUCAAGGAUCUAGCUUCGGGAAAAGCCAUCGAGAACGUAGAGGAGCUCAUCUCCUCGGGCGUGAUACCCACGGUAGAGGAAUGGAAGAAGAUGACCGCAGACUACAAGAAGAACACAAUACCCCUGGGGAGAUUUGACUUUGGAGGCAGCAAUGGAGACUCCGCGCCGGGAGAGGAGCGGGAACUGAUCCUUUACCGGCUCUACGAGGAUUUCUACGAUUUCCAAAUAGCACUAUUGGAUCACUUUUCCGUCGAAGCUGGCCGCCAGAUCGAUGAGAAUGGCAAGCAGAGCAAGCGAAUUCUUCCUCUGAUGCCUGGACCUCUAGAGCAGGUGGAUGACUAUAUCACUGCUCAACGGCGAGGUGAUCUCGACCAGUACAUUGCAGAGCUCUGCGCUCUACCAGAGUACAUCCUUCGUUCCGAGAUCGUUCGGCUCUUCUUUGAGCCGAGGCCAGGAGACCACUGCACUACGCACCCCCCUCGCGUUGGGGCAGGUAUGACAAGCCUUCCUGGCGGUGGUGCAUCCGCGCCGUCCUUUAUCAAGAUCAAGAUCUUCUCCCGCACUUCGGACGAUCUAGUGGCCAUUCGUGUACCCCCGACUGUGACGUACGACUCGCUGAUGGAAAAAGUCAGAGCUCGUCUAGGUCCAGAAGUCGGCGUGUUGAGAUACCCUGAGGCGAGUGCUACCCCUGGAGCUCCCAUGGUGCGAAUGCACGAUGAUGAAGACCUCAAGGAGUGGCUUGCCAGCGGUCUCAAGCUCAACUUGUACGCCGACAAGAAUUAGCGACAUCGAUUCCACCCCUCUGCCCCUCGGCAAUACCACGUUCCCGUUGUAUCUACUUUGCUCCAACUUUUGGCCUAGUCUAACCCCCUUUCCCUUCUUCGAGAAGCCCCUCUUUCCGCCUGUCCGUCUCGCCUCGUAUUGUCACACUCUGCUCCGGUAUUUCCCCUCACAAUCUCCGUCCACCUGUCUUGUUGUAGUGAAGCUGCACUUUUUUGCUCAAUCGUACAGUAAUUCAAGGUAGCGUCGCCCGUCUCAGUCC